AGCCUUGCCUUGCACGGAAGCCCUCAGUCCAACGCUCUGCGCACAGUGAGCGUGGAGCGAACAGCAGCGAUUGAUCACAAAACCUCCCCGACAGCCAUCCCGUCCGUCUGAAGAGGAAAGACCGCUCCGAAACGCGGCACCCAUCUCCGCGACCCGGCCGUCACCAGGCUGGGCAACGCCGCCCGGGGGCUCUGAAAUCACCUCCGUUUGGGCUCAGAGGGACGUCAUCCCUCCUGCCCUCGACGAGUGAAACGGCACGUGUGUCUCGAAACGGAAAACUGGAGCUUUCUUCAGCUAACCGGACGGGAAACCGGGAGCCCGGCCCUCCCAGGCCAAAAAGCCCAACGGUAGAGCUCAGAAAAAAGCCAAGCGACUUACCUUGCUUGUUGCCCUGCCGUUGCCCGUAUCCGGUCGCGGAGCGCGAUGUCACAACCGGCGUGCCAAGUUUCGGCAAUCAGGAGGCCGCUUCCCGGGGCGAUCGGCGCCUGGAGCCCGGAAGACCUCCCCUGCCCAGCCUGCCCUCCUCCCUGGUGCUGGGGAGGGCCGUGAUUCCUGCCAUCUGAAGGAAAAAACCCGCAGCCACCGGGAUGACGACCCCCGGCCGUGUCGGUCUCCUCCACGGUGUUACAAUUGUGAAACCUAUAGUCUACGGUAAUGUAGCGCGCUAUUUUGGAAAGAAAAGAGAAGAAGAUGGGCACACCCAUCAAUGGACAGUCUACGUCAAACCAUACAGGAAUGAGGAUAUGUCAGCCUAUGUGAAGAAAAUCCAGUUUAAGUUGCACGAGAGCUACGGCAAUCCAUUGAGAGUUGUUACUAAACCUCCUUAUGAAAUAACCGAAACGGGCUGGGGUGAAUUUGAAAUUAUCAUCAAAAUAUUUUUCAUUGAUCCCAAUGAAAGACCUGUGACCCUGUAUCACUUACUGAAACUGUUUCAAUCGGACACCAAUGCGAUGCUGGGGAAAAAGACGGUGGUUUCCGAAUUCUACGAUGAAAUGAUUUUUCAAGAUCCAACCGCAAUGAUGCAGCAGCUGCUGACAACAUCUCGCCAGUUAACCCUGGGGGCCUAUAAGCAUGAGACGGAAUUCGCCGACCUGGAAGUUAAAACCCGGGAAAAGCUAGAAGCCGCCAAGAAGAAAACGAGCUUUGAAAUUGCCGAGCUUAAAGAGAGAUUAAAGGCAAGUCGGGAAACUAUCAACUGUUUGAAAAAUGAAAUCAGGAAGCUCGGAGAAGAUGAUCAGACUAAAGAAAUAUGAAACAGAAAACCCAAAACCUCCAGAGGACUUGAAGAUGUUACGCUGAAAAUAAAGGAUGUUGCGGGGACUGGUUAAUGUAAAUAAUAUUAGGUUUUUUAGAAGAACGUAUUUAGUCGCCUGUCACGGAUUUCUUGGCCAAGAGUACUUGGGCCUCUGUGGAAAAAAGUUUUAACGUAACUGCUUUAUACAUUGUUUUAACUGAGAAGAUUCACGGACAUUUGCCGAACUGUUUUAAGGCCGUUUUUUGACUGGAGGUAAAACUGUUUGGGACUGCAUUGUAACUUUUAGAGGAAAACUCUCGCUGUAUGUCUCAGUCUUAACUUCUAAGCUAAUUUUUUACUUUGAUUUCAGCAAACUGGAAACCGUUUUUAUAGUUUACUUGCCCUUACCCUUGGUUGCCCACACUUUUGGGGGUUUUCUUUUUACCACGGUCCCAAUCCCUCCCCAUCCGAGCUAAUUUUCUAUCCGGCACCUCAUCUCACGCCCCGGGGGGGACACAGCCGCGGAAGACCACCGUCUCCCGCCUUUCCCACCGACCGGCUCACCCCGAAGCGGUAUCCGCGGGGUAACUCUUUUUUAACCCCAAACAUCCGAGGCCGCACUGGAAUCGUUUGGAUUCAAUAGCAGGUCGCCGGGGAUGGCGUCGGUGUCCCGGACCGCCCGCCCGCCUGCCCCCUCGCCCCCCGGCUUCAGCCUUUCGACCCCCGGGACCGUUGAGAGACCUGUAAUUUUAAAUCCCCAGACGAUGUGUGAAGUCGAAAUAAAUCUUAAUUCAAU